UCCCCUGCACACAGCUACUCCAGCUACGACUCCAGCAAACACGAGGGCGGAGAGCGAGGGGCCGAGGACCUGUCCCUGCACCGGGGGGACGAGGAUGAUGAGGACCACGAGGACCACGACGACGCCGAGAAGGUGGCCGAGACGGACGGCGUGGAGGCCGAGCGGCUGAAGGCUUUCAACAUGUUUGUCAGGCUGUUUGUAGAUGAAAACUUGGACCGAAUGGUCCCAAUCUCUAAGCAGCCCAAAGAAAAGAUCCAGGCUAUCAUUGACUCAUGCAGGCGACAAUUCCCUGAGUACCAAGAGCGUGCCAGAAAGCGCAUCCGUACUUACCUCAAGUCCUGCAGGCGGAUGAAAAGAAGUGGUUUUGAGAUG